CCGCUCCGCGUUCCGGGGUCUUGUGUCCGCCGCCGGCCGCCGUGGUCGCCCUCGGGCCGGCGGGAAUGAGCCGCCCCGUUCGUCCAUGGGCGCCGCCGCAUGAUGCGCCCCGGCCUCGCCCGCCGGGAGGAGCCGCCGCCCGGGCCUCGGGUCCUGAUGCUGGGGACGGCAUGUGUCUGAAGGCCCCACAAGGGAGUUGCCCACAGGCCCAGUGAGUCCCGUGUGUGCAAGUGGGGCGCCAUGCCGUCGGCAGGACACCGGUUGCGGGACGUCGAGUACCGCCCGCUCCUAACUGACACAGACAGCUGCGACUCCUCAUCCUCCUCCUCCUCCUCCUCCUCGGCCGAGGCAGAUGUGACUGACGGUGUGUGGUUCAUCCGUGACGGCUGCGGCAUGGCGUGUGCUGCGGUCACCUGGCUGCUGGUGGUCUACGCUGACUUUGUGGUUACCUUUGUCGUGCUGGUGUCCUCGAGGGACUUCUGGUACUCGGUGCUCAAUGGCGUCCUCUUCAACUGUCUAGCCGCGCUGGCCCUGUGCUCACACCUGCGCACUAUGCUUACUGACCCUGGGGCUGUGCCCAAAGGCACCGCCACCAAGGAGCACAUGGAGAGCCUGCAGCUGCGGCCGGGCGAGGUGGUGUACAAGUGCCCCAAGUGCUGCUGCAUCAAACCUGAGCGUGCCCAUCACUGCAGUAUCUGCAAGAGGUGCAUCCGGAAGAUGGACCAUCAUUGCCCGUGGGUGAACAACUGCGUGGGGGAGAAGAACCAGCGCUUCUUCGUGCUCUUCACGCUGUACAUCGCGCUGUCGUCGGUCCACGCCCUGAUCCUAUGCGGGCUGCAGUUCAUCUCCUGUGUGCGAGGCCAAUGGACAGAGUGCAGCGACUUCUCCCCACCUGUCACCGUCAUCCUGCUCAUCUUCCUGUGCCUUGAGGGCCUUCUCUUCUUCACCUUCACGGCUGUCAUGUUCGGGACCCAGAUCCACUCCAUCUGCAAUGACGAGACGGAAAUUGAAAGACUGAGAAGUGAGAAGCCGACAUGGGAGCGGCGGCUGCGGUGGGAGGGGAUGAAGUCUGUCUUCGGGGGACCCCCGUCACUACUCUGGAUGAACCCCUUUGUCGGCUUCCGGCUUAGGCAGCUGCAGCCCAGGCCCCGCCGAGGUGGCCCUGAGUUCUCUGUGUGAGGCAGGGUGCACCUUGCCUACUGCAUUGGGUUUGGACGCUGGCUGGGCCUCCUACUGGAACUGGAGGCUGAGCCUUGCCUGGCCCAGCCCAGCUCUGGGUGAGGUCCUGUGCCAUUGCAAGCACCUUUCUUGGCUCCUGGACUCUGCGUCCUGGGCUGCUGCUCCCCCAUCACAGAGUCGCUCCACAGGCCUGGUCUGGCCACAGGGCAGAGACUGUGACAACCAGAACAUCAGAACAUUGGGGGUUCGAGAAACCUGAACACUGCACGGAUCUGCAGGAAGGAGCACUGGGCAGGCAGCGGCGGGGGGUGGGGUGGGGUGGGGGGUGUACCUCUGACCUCGGCCCCCCCUCACAGUCUGCGUGUGCGUGUGUGUGCAUGAGUGUGUCACCCCACAAUCUACGUGUGGUGUGUGUGUGUGUGUGUGACGGUCUGUGUGUGCAUGUGCGUGUGUACUUGCAUGCACGCACAUGAGUCACUCCACCGUCUGCAUGAGGUGCGUGUGUCUGAAUGCUCAGGCAACAUCGGUUCUGCUGCUUCGUCAGUUACCGGCUGUUUCCUGAGCCCGGAGUUUCAGGGAAGGGGGUGCUGGGCACGGGGUCCCAAGAGUAUCUGCACAGGGAGGUUCUUGAUCCAAAGAGCAGCUACCGGGUCCUUCCUGCCUCCUGCCCCCCGAGCUCAGACCACUGAGAGGAGUGAGGGCCUGGGUACCGGCUCUUGUUCCAGUCAAUUGGCCAAGCGCCCACAACGGGCCUGGGCCUGAACUCAGCCUCAGGCCCUGGGUUGGCGCUGCUUCUGGUGAGUGGUAGGGCUGGGGCUGGAGUUUUCAGGGCACCAAUAAGCAGCAGCUUAUUGUGUUGGGUUUGGGGGAUGUUUUCUCCUGCACCACCCCCACCCCAUUUACGUUUGUUUCUCCGCCCUGGUCUCUGGCACAGGACCUGGGUGCCGAGUUGGGGACUCCUCAAACAGCCCCUGCCUGGGACUUGCCUUAAAUGUGCCUGGUUGGCCCAGGGUUUGGGGUGGCCUCCCCUCAGCUGCUCCCUGGCUCACUGGGCUGUGAGCUACAGCCAGGGGCUCACCUACCCUGCCACAGACCCACAAUGCUGCUGGGGGCAAGCAUUGUCCUACAUGAGCUGUGCAACACUUGGAGGCAGUGGCAGGUUGGCGCCCACCACAGGCUUGGCGCUCGGGGACAGCGAACAUCUUGGUUGGCGUGUGUCCAGCGCUAGCAGAGGAUGGGGCUGUAUGUCCAGUGGGGCCCAGUGGGACUCAUGCAGUCGUGCUCCACUCGCUGUGGCUGCCACCUCCACAUCUACAGUACUUUUCUAAGAAAUAAAGUUACCGGUUGAGUUUCUCCAGCA